CAGCUCUGCCCCGGCACCACCAAGCAGCCCUCCCGCAGCCCGGCAUGGCGAAGGCAGCCGGGGUGGUCUGUGCCGUCCUCCUCCUCACCACGCUGUGCUGCCAGAGCCUGGCUCAGAGAGCCCCAGCCAUGCCAGACAAGUGCUGCUUCAACUUCCAGACAAGAAGGAUCAAGAGAGACAACGUCAUUGACUGCUACCGCACCAGCCCCGAGUGCCCGCACCAAGCUGUGAUCUUCAGGGUAAGGAGCGGGAAGGAGAUCUGUGCCCAGGCGAGCAGGGCCUGGGUGAAGAAGUACCAGCAGAGCUUCCAAGUCAGCUCCUUCUCCAUCCCCAGCUAGCGGGGCGGCCGGAGGCAGCGCGAGGAGUCCCCUCCAUGGGAGACGGGACACCGCAAAGGCGACCCCUUUUCAGAGGUGGCUGUGGGGACAUCACAUUUGGAUACAGCAGCUCGUUAGGGACAUCCUCGCCAUCACGCUGUGAUGACCCUCACCACCUCCCUGAAGGCAAAGGGCCUUUGCCAUCCUCAGCAUCCCACCAGGAUGGGGUAUGCCGACCCAGCAGGGUGCUGGGGUCC